ACGGUGGGUGCUGCGAGGAGCGAGGCUGGGGUUGAAAAUUGGCAGUUCUGAGGCUUUCAGACCAAAGAAGACUUUCCUCUCUCACUGACAAUCUCCACCAUGAUUCAUAGCCUCUUCUUGAUCAACUCCUCAGGAGAUAUUUUCCUGGAAAAACAUUGGAAAAGUGUGGUCAGCCGUUCUGUUUGUGAUUACUUUUUUGAGGCGCAAGAGAGAGCGACUGAGGCAGAAAAUGUACCUCCAGUUAUCCCUACCCCUCACCACUAUCUCUUAAGUGUUUACCGUCACAAGAUCUUUUUUGUGGCUGUGAUCCAGACAGAGGUCCCACCUCUAUUUGUUAUUGAGUUCCUUCACCGAGUAGUGGACACAUUUCAGGAUUAUUUUGGAGUCUGUUCAGAGCCUGUGAUCAAAGACAAUGUGGUUGUGGUUUAUGAGGUACUAGAAGAGAUGCUUGACAAUGGGUUUCCAUUGGCUACCGAGUCAAACAUCCUCAAAGAACUGAUAAAGCCUCCCACUAUCCUUCGAACGGUCGUCAACACCAUAACAGGAAGCACCAAUGUGGGUGACCAGCUUCCUACUGGACAGCUGUCAGUGGUGCCCUGGCGAAGAACUGGGGUGAAGUACACCAACAAUGAGGCCUAUUUUGAUGUGAUCGAAGAGAUUGAUGCUAUCAUUGAUAAAUCAGGUUCCACAAUUACUGCUGAGAUCCAGGGGGUCAUUGAUGCCUGCGUCAAGCUGACUGGAAUGCCAGACCUUACGCUUUCCUUCAUGAAUCCCAGGUUGUUGGAUGAUGUCAGCUUCCAUCCUUGUGUUCGUUUCAAGCGCUGGGAAUCUGAGCGUAUCCUCUCCUUCAUCCCUCCUGAUGGAAACUUUCGCCUGCUCUCUUACCAUGUCAGUGCACAGAAUCUGGUGGCAAUUCCAGUGUAUGUCAAACAUAGCAUCAGUUUCCGGGACAGUAGUUCACUUGGACGCUUUGAAAUAACAGUGGGACCGAAGCAGACUAUGGGGAAGACCAUAGAGGGAGUGAUUGUCACCAGCCAGAUGCCCAAAGGGGUCCUGAAUAUGAGCCUCACUCCAUCUCAGGGGACACAUACAUUUGACCCAGUUACCAAGAUGCUGUCGUGGGAUGUAGGAAAAAUAAAUCCCCAAAAGCUACCAAGUUUGAAGGGGACCAUGAGUCUUCAGGCUGGAGCUUCCAAGCCAGAUGAGAACCCCACAAUUAAUCUGCAGUUUAAGAUCCAGCAGCUGGCCAUUUCUGGACUCAAGGUGAAUCGUCUGGAUAUGUAUGGAGAAAAGUACAAACCCUUUAAGGGCAUAAAAUACAUGACCAAAGCUGGAAAGUUCCAAGUUCGAACCUGAAGGGAGAGUUUUGCAAAAAGAACAGUCAUGAAUGCUUUUUCAUUUCUUACUUGUCUAAAAGUAAAAAAUACCAGCCUGUCUCCUAGGUCAGUAUCCCCUUCUGGACCCACCUGCUCCCUUUUUUCCUUAGCCUUCAGUGCCAUGGAGCUAAUC